ACACAUCAUAGAGCUCUGCAGUCUGAUGACACCUCUCUAUCUCAAGUUUGAUGCAUCAGUGCUUAUCUCGUUGUGUCAGCUCCUGCUUAUCCAUGUUCAAUCGCCGUCUCUUACUCUCGUCAACGGUUAUUGUACGCGUGCUGAAUUCCUUGUUAUUAUGACAUUUUUUACAUGUGUUGAACUCAGUACGACAAGGUUAAUUGACUGAGACAUUUAUCAGUCUUGGAUAUAUAGUGUUUACACUGUAUGGUUCUCUCAGUGCACGCGCUGUUACUGAAUGUGACUUCCGCAAAGAGGACACAAACCUUGGUCAGCUCUCUACCUGUAUUUGAUUCAAACCAUAACUUAUCUGACAUAAUAUUACAUUUUGAACAUGGAUUAUUACGAUGGUUCAUCUAAAUAGUGAUGUGUAGAUUGUUGUGAUGUGUUAACUGUUAUAGAGAACUUUACAAGACAACUUACAUAAUGGGAAACCAGGCUUUAAAUUGUCCUUCCGCAGCCACUGGGGAUACUCAGCUUAAUACCUACUUGACACCCCGACAAAUACACCUCGUUCAGGACACCUGGGACAUCAUUAAAGACGACUUGUCGAAACUUGGAGUUAUCGUGUUUCUCAGAUUGUUUGAGACAGAGCCAGAUCUGAAGCACCUAUUUCCGAAGAUCGUCCAAAUGAACGAGCAGAACAAGCUGGAGUGGGACAUAGAUCGGGAAAUGCUCACGAAGCACGCAGUUUCCGUAAUGGAGGGGCUGGGCGCGGCAGUGGAGAGUUUGGAUGAAUCAGAGUUCCUCAACAGUGUCCUUAUCUCUAUAGGACAGACACACGUUAAACGACACGUGAAACCCCAGAUGUUAAAGAGACUUUGGCCGUCCCUGAAUUAUGGUCUAAAGCAGGUGCUGCAGUCUAAAUACAACAAGGAGGUCAACGAAGCCUGGAAGAAGGUCUAUCUUUAUAUCAUCGCACACAUGAAGCGGGGCAUGGAAAACCCUGACCUUGAAAUGGAGUAUGACCACAGAUGAGGCUGAUGGGCGCUCCGUUUACUGUAAACACCAUCGAAUUGAUCGUUCAUGACGUAAAGCAUGCAUGGUUUGAAGGUCAGGUGACUGUUACGUAAAUCAUGAUGUCGUGUCAGAUUUUUACGAAACAAAGACUUUGUUCCGUAGGGUAUGUUCGAUAUAUAGAUAGCGGGGAUUGAUGUCUAAAUGUUUGAUCGAUGUUAGA